GGCUGCCACACCGCUGCUGCCACAGAAGCUCCCACGGCAUGGCUCGCCUGCGCAGCGCCGAGCCGCUCCUCCGGCCACUGCUACUGCUAAUCAUGCUUCUGCGGCCGAUGGCCCAGGCCGAGGCAGCGGCGAGGAAGGACUCCGGAGCCGACCCCGCUCCAAGAGGCUUCGGAGCUCCCUCCCUGAAGGCCGCUCCAGGAUUGCAGCCUGCCCAGGACCCGGAAGGAAAGUCUCUGCAUUCCGAACUCAUCACAUCGCUCUACCGUAGGGAUCGUGGCGAUGCCAAUUCAUCGGCGUUAACGGCGUUCCGCGCUCCAGAGGAUGCCACCGACGACCCUCCACCAAACCGAGAUCCCACCGCAUCGUCGCCUGAGUCCCGGAGCACGAGCCAGAUUCUCGAUGCGGAGUCUAAAGGUCCGACUCUCCGAAGCUCAGCUGAGGCCCUGGUCCAAACUUCUGUCGAGACAAUGGCUUCGAGCAGCGCCAGUCCGCAAGACGCGAACCAGGAAGAGACGGACGGGGAACAGCCGGAAGGAGAGCUUGGUGAGUCGGCGACUACAACCACGGAAGCUCCUCCCGCGGGCGGCUUUGACCUGGAGUCGAACCUGCGCGCUGUCAUCGAGCGUAUCUUCAAGGAGGCGCUGCCGCUCGUGUACCGCUUCUCUACUGGCGCCGGCUCCUCUCCCGAUUGCAUGGGCGCACUAUUCAAGUGGGUUCUGGCCAUUCGCAGGCUCGAACCAUGGGCUCUCAGAAUGGUGGACGCAAUGGGUCGACCGCCGGCGGGUAUCUUCGAGGGCACCAUCACGGACUUCGGUUCGUUCGACCAGUGUCUCGAGGUGCGCGCCCAGGAUUCGUGGGGUGACGAGUCGUUCCGCGGCCAGUACUGCUCGCUGUUCCUCAAGCCCAACAUCGACACCAGCCGGCCCAUCAGCUUCCUCAGGAACAGCCGGAGGCUCGCUCGCACGCAGAACCUGAGCCGUAUCAUGAAGUCCAUCUGGUUUCCGGGAUUUCGGCUAGGAAUCUGCGUGCCGUCAGCGUGCUCCAGGAACGACAUCGACGUGCUCAUCAAAUCUGCUUUCAAGAACUACGGCGUGAACGCGUCAGUGCCUCUUUGCGACGUGCAGAGGGACAUCCAACUGGAUAAUGUGCAGCAAGCGUCACUGAUCUGCUUGUGCGUGGUGCUGAGCAUGGUGGGCCUGGGGACACUGGUGGACGUUUUCCUCAGGAGCCGUCAAGAGAAGGACCGCAAGCCCCAUGCGGUACUGGGCGCUCUUACAUCCUGGUCCGCGUACAGCAACACGCUGCGGUUGUUCGACGUCUCCGACGACGGGUCGCGGCUGCGAGCGCUGCACGGCGUGCGCUUUCUCACUAUGCUGUGGAUCAUCCUGGGCUACUGCUACGCGCUGACGCCCAUUCCGAACCGCAGAAGAAUCUUCAACAUGUUUGAUUUUGUCAAGCACACGCCGUUCAUGUUCAUCGCCAACGCCUACCCAGCUGCCGACACUUUCUUCUGCCUAAGCGGAUUCCUGUUUGGCUACAGCGUUUUCAAGCAGCGCCGAAACCUUAGCAAGUGGCUUCCAAUCCUGUUGAUCAGGAGAUACGUGCGGGUCAUCAUACCGUGCUUCUGCCUGCUGCUGGUGUUCUCGCUUCUGGGCCUGGUGUCGUCGGGACCCAUCUGGCGUGACAACUACGCCCUGCUACGCGGAAACUGCGAAGCCCGCUGGUGGAAGAUACCGGCCCUCGUCAACAACUGGGAGUACAGCCUCGACUCUUGCCUCCCACACUUGUGGUUCUACGCUGCUGACCUGCAGCUACUAGUGGGCUUCACUCCAGCGGUCAUCCUGCUCGUCAGGUGGCCCAAGGCAGGAUUGGCGCUAACACUGACCAUGGUCCUGGCGUGCACCGUGUACAUAGCCUUGCAGACGCUAUACAGCGACCUCUACCCCGUUACAAUAUACUUCGCGGAAGACGUCAUGAAGUCUCGUCGCACGCACACGGAAGUGUUCAAGCGGCCCUUCUCGCACGCGGGCGCCUUCUCACUGGGCCUGCUGCUGGCCUACCUGCUGCGCUCCUCCGGGCGUCUCGACGCCAAGGGAUCCCCGUGGUGGGCCGGUGGGGCGUGGCGCGCCGCCGGCUGGGCCGCGGCCUCGGGCUGCGGCUUCGCCGUCCUCCUGGGGGUCGAGCAGUGGCACAAGGGCCUGCUGCCUGGACCGGCCGUUGCGGCCCUGUACGCGUCUCUGCACAAGACAGCCUGGGGACUGCUCGUUGCCUGGGUCGCCUACGUCGUGUGCACCGACCGAAAGGGCAUCCCCGCCCGGUUUCUGUCGUGGGGUCCGUUCGUGGCACUGAGCCGGCUGUCGUUCAGCGCCUACCUGCUGCACAUCCUGGUGCUGUUCGUGCGUUUCGGAAGCAUCCGGGAGCGCCUUUACAGCAGCCACUUCAUACAGAUGUGCGAGUUCAUCGUGGUGACGGUGCUGUCGUACAGCGGUGCCUACGUGUUCCACCUGCUCUUUGAGGCGCCCACCACGCAGUUCCUGACCAUGGCAACAUCAGCAGUUGCAGGAAAAUUGCUGCUGGCUGAAGAUCCGUCGACUCAGCGACAUGCCACUGGCAAUCAAGUUGCCCACAUCGGGAUCACAGAGAAGCCGGCUAAAGAGUCCAACGGAGCUGAAGGGUUACACAGCCAAGGACCGAAGUCCACCCACCUUUAGACCCUAUAUUCACAUUUGUUCAUUGUUGAGCGUUCGCUCCAUGCGCGAGUCUGACAGCCCUCCUAAACAUCUGUGCGGGCAGAUUCCACCAUCUCUGCCGUGGAAGCUCAGCACGAGGGCGCGGCAUCAAUUCUCGGCCAUGGUGACCACAUUUCGACAGGGGCGGAAUGUAAAAACAAGCGCGUAAUGACACUUCACUGUGCAUUUUAAAGAACUACAGAUGGCCGAAAUCAGAUCAGGGUCCUUCGCUAUGGUGUCUCACAGUUCCACUGUAUGAUUUUGGGAUUUAAACUGCCUUCAUUCGUAAGGCAGCACAGAAGGCUAAGUGCGCAUCACCGAACUCGCAUUUAACACCAUACGAUCAUUUGAAGCGUCUGAUCUACAAGAGUAACGAAAAUAUCUUCGAAGAGGGAAUGACACUGCAAUGAUUUUUUCCUCACUUCAAGCCUCCAUCUUCCCAUGAACUUCCGACACUUUAAAGGGACACUAAAGGCAAAUAUUAAGUCGAAGUUGAUUGUUGAAAUAGCGGUCCAGAAACCUCGUAGUGCUACUUUUGUGCCAAGGAAGUGCUUAUUUUGAAAUAAUAAAUCGCGUUUUAGUAGUCCGCAUCGCGUUGACGCACUACAAAUCACCCGCCUGAAAGCGGUCUUUCUCACGUCACUGUUGCCGUGCCCAACGUUGCCCGCCUUUACUGCACGGCGGCGUGCACCAUUCGGGCAACCGGCAACAUCACGAGCAUGCGGCAUUUUGUCGAACUUUCUGUCAGAGCGACUCUCACGAGCGCGCAAAGCAAAACACACGCGGCAGUACGCGAUACCGAAACUACCACAGAGACGCGACCGCGUGAGCGAAGCCGGGCGCCGGGCGAAGCACAGUUCGGCGAAAACGGAACUAGAGUGUACUAGAACAGGGGAGUGCUCGGAACGGCCGCAGCACCAAUGUACAGAAAGUGAAGGCCAAACAGGGUCAAUCCACCUGCAGCGCUGCGAUCGGUAGUCUGCAAUGUGUCGUCGUUCAAGAGUGGCGCGCGGCUCCGGCAAAGUGGUGCAGGGGUAGAAUGCCCGCUUCCCACUCAAAACGCCCGGGUUCGAAUCGCAACUGUAGAUGGCGGGUUUUUAUUCUUAGUGUCACCGUUUAUAGCUAUGUUGGUUUUUUUACUUUCUUCUUAAAACUAGUUUCUGUUGCUACGUAUUGCUACAAAAAGUAACGUAAAAUGUAAAAUUUUCUUUCGAGUCUCGUCUUCGCGAAAAUCUCGGAGGCCAUACUUUACGUUUUUGUUAAAUCCCGGGCGGUGGCGCUGCAAAUAACUGCGCUCGCUCUCAAAUUUCGUCUAUUUUACUUCACAUUUUGCGUUACUUUUUCAACCAACACGUAGCAACUUAAGCCAGUUUUAAGAAACGAAGGAAAACCAAUACAGCUACAAAAGGUGACGCUAAGAAUAAAAACCCGCCAUCUGCAGCCGCGAUUCGAACCCGGGCCUUUUGAGUGGGAAGCGGGCAUUCUACCCCUGCACCAUUUCGGCGGAGCCGCGCGCAUCUCUUAAACGACGACACAUUGCAGACUACCGAUCGCAGCGCUGCAAGCGGAUUGACCCUGUUUGGGCUUCACUUUUCGAAGCUCGUUCCGGGCACUCCCCUGUUCUAGUACACUCUAACGGAACCUUUGAACCACGCGCGCCGUUCCCCAUGACAACGCCAAAGACGUUCUUUUUUCCAUGAAUCAAACAGAAACGAACAAGUAGCAUUUUAUUACGUCUCUUGAUGCACGGAAGGUUCUUUUUUUAUUGCAGCUAGUUUGAUUACUAGUGAUUAUUGUAGUCGGACACUCUUACAUCAUCGGGAUCGUUUCCAAAAUGUCCCACUCGUGGCGCACGUCGCGUGAUACAUUUAGCUUAAUUUCUCGGUAAGUAGGGCACUGCUGUUGAUAAUAUUGCCGUUUUAGCCGUUGUCAUACAUUUAGCUUUUACUAUGACUUAAAUUAUUUGCCUUUAGCGUCCCUUCAAGCAGACGUGAGUAGACACAUUCAAAUGGCAGAUGGAAGAUGUCUGUGAGAACUGCAACUCCCACUCAAACAUGACAGGAGGUCUACAUGCAGGAUUUGACGCUGCAAUUCUCAGCGAGCGCACGAUAAAUGCCAAACACAGAUUAGUAGGUGCUGUGUGAAAUGGUUGACAGAGAACUCUACAAGUUACCGACCAUCCGUGGAAUGCGACGAACUGUAAGGACACAUUAACCAUGGGGUUGGCACCAGCUCUUUAAGCCAUGUCAAAUUAAUGCACUCAUGAAAUGAACACAGAAAUGAAGCACUUUUUGUAAACCUUCAAUGACAGCAUAGCGAUGAGUCAGGUUUUGAAAGGCGAAAUGUAGCUGUCGUCUUUCUCGCUUUAAAGAAAAAACAAAGGCAAAGGCGUUUACCCUAUAUUUAAAGCCGUUCAUAUUAGCAAAAUCUGAACUGCACUACUGUUAGCAUGAGAAAAAAAAAGGGAUUGCGUGCUAGCAUCAUUCUGCACCAAAAUCAGCCAGCGCUAAGCUUAGACUUACUUACUGUUUUGUUUUUUCAUUGCAGCUCAAUCAAUGUCAGACAUUUAGAACUGUAUCCACAAAUAUUCACACACGUGCCACUUCUAUGUGAACAAGGCUUCCGUAAGAAAGCCGAAAUGUUUUGAACUUUUUGAACCAUUUCAUUACUGGUCAGCAUUUCUUGUUUUCUUUGUUUUCUCAUGUAUAUAUAAUAUGCCUGCAGAAUAUGUAUGUGAGCAAAGACUAAGUUCUCAAAAACCGAACAAAGACCGAAUGUAAAAAGCCCAUUGUUGCAAGGUCUGCUGUUGGCCAUUUUUGCCGUGGUGCUUCAGUAAACUGUCAUGGUGCUCAUUCACUGAAGAGUGGCCGCUGUUUUCAGUCAGAGGUGAGGGAAUACAUUUUGUUCUGAACCUAAACUGUGCUUAAUAUUGCAAUUUUUCCAUACAUUUCUCACUCACGCUCUCUGGACAGUAAAGGAAUGCUGAAAUAUUACAAGUUAGCGAGUUUUCUAGCCAUGCUAUUAAAAAGAAAAAAAUAAGAGGCACCAAAUUUCCAGUCUGUCAUUUGUAAGUGCAUGCUCUCUGCUCUUUUCCAAUUGCCUUUUCUAACAUCAUGUUCAGUAUCAGGAUUGCCUCACAUUCUUUCUUACAAACAGUUCUGGCGUAAGAACCUUUUGUGAAUGCGGGGUCGACCUAGUUUUUUGAGGCAUUUUGUUUUUCCAACUAAAAGUUUUUCUUUCCAUAGUCUAGUUUUCUUUUCAGCUUAUGCUGUUUUUAUUAGCUGCACUUUACGCAGCUGAAGAUAAAAGGAGAAAAAGAAUGUGGUGUCAAGUAUUGUGGCACACUCUUUUCAAAGCAAGUAAUAAGCUGCAUAUUCUUUUUGUUAGUGGGCCAGUAAACAAUCCCAAGGUCCAAAAUUUGUGAUGACGGGAUAACUGCGUAUUUGUACGAUGUGAACAUGCUGCCGCAAGAAUUUUGUGAAUAAGUGCUGUAAUAAGGAAGUUACAGAGGACAGAACAACCUUUUCGUUUUCUCUCUAGGCCUCCUGAAUUUUCUCUACCGCGGGACUUCGUCCACUUCGCCAACGUAACACGACGCCACCACUUUAUGUCAUCAGAGCACAGCCAAUGACCAAACAAGGCUUUAUCCGCAUGUCAGUUACUCGCAGGCAGAGCUGUGAGGAAGUGCAGUAGUGCGAGGCACUGACGAAACAAAUACACGACACACCCAAUAACUGCAUGACCAAAACCGCAUCACCGCAGUGCCAAGGCACCGUUUCGCAGUGCCACCAAUCGACGAGCUCAGUGCUACGUAAUGCUGCCCAUGGGCAACGUUGCAUCACUUAGUGGGCAAAGAGGAGAGAGGCGCUUGAAAGGGGCGUGGGAAUUGUUUUUCGAAAUGAAGCGUCUGUGCGGUGUGGAGCACUGUGAUAUUAACAAAAUGUCGCCACUACCUUCUGUAAAAAUGAGCAAGCUUGUUUGAGAGGUGUAAAACAAAAGUCGGAGCCUGUUUACUGGCCCUUUAGAACUAUUGAAGUUGGCCAAUAUUAUUGCUUGGUAUAUUUGUGAGUUAGGUAUGGUGUCACCCGGUAAAACAAAAAACAAACACUGACAAAAAGAGGCCUACACAACACAAAGAGUGCACACACAUCUUCCCCACUGAAAACAAGUAAUUUUCUCCCAAGUUUAUUCAGUGAACUUUGAGACGCUGUUGCUGCUUCAAAUACAUGUCACAGUAUGACAACACGUGACACUCAACGUACGCUGGACGUACUUCUUGAGGUGAUAACAUAACCUGCCGCACAGUGGCCUCUCAUUGCGGAUAGCUAUUCCACAAGUGUUAAUUGCACGGCUGCAGUCAAAAUGCUCUAUAUACAUUGUGGUGCGCACAUAAGCAGUCAUAGGGGUACUCACAGGGGUCACUAUUAUGGAUGUAUCGUGUGUAUUUUCCUGUUGCCUCAAAACUCCAGUGAACAGUAAUUAAACAGCAUCUCACUUGAGGUUCCGUUGAAGUUUCUUUUCCUCAGCAUUAAGCGAGCUGCAUUUAAUAUGUGGGACUACGUUUGUAUUGUAAGUUUAAAGGUUACAGCGGCAUUUGACUUUAACAGGAGAAUACCACACUUGAAGAUGAAAACAAUAAUAUUGAAAAAGCUGCUUAAUAAAGUAUCAGAAUAAAGUAUACACUUGAUAACUGGCAUAACAAUGCGUGUAUACUUGAAUCACCUUUUAUGUGAUGUCUUAUUUACUGUGCCGUACCUUGGAUUAUUGGCGCAUUUGACCUGCGUUAAAAAACAGUUGCCGAAUAUGUGCAGCACUUUAGCAUAAAGAAAUAUUUUUCAUAUUUGCAGUGAGUAUAUUUAAAUGCUUGUUCAGUAUCAGCUUCAACUAUAUACACGGUAAAUCAAUGCACGUUUGUGCCUUCGUUGAUUUUUUUUAAGUAUCGGGGGUAUGCAUUGACAUCAUCCAAGGCUUCCGUUUUGUGGUAUAGCCAACACAGUAAGAAGCUGCAUUUUUGCUCUGUCUGUUUAUCUCCAGAGCAGAGUGGAAGUUGAAAAUCGCGCAACAAAAUGGCAUGCAUUGGUGUCAAGUGACUUCUCCCUAUUGUGUAUCAGGACCAAAUAUGAGCUUUAGUUUUGCAUCCAGUGUCAAGGUGAAUUAAUAUUCAAUGAAAGUAUUCAUUCAAGCCACUUUGCCUUUAGCUAUCUGUAACAGCCAGCCAUUUCUGUACAUAGUUCGAGUGACCAGUGCAUGAAUGGGUGUACAUGUUUUCAUUUUCCACUCGCCUCAUCGAGUCAUUGCUCUUCACCUGUCAUGCUUAUGUUCUAUCAUACUUCACUAGUCACAUGAUGUAAUU